CCUCCUCCUCCUCCGCCUCCUUCUCGCUCUCCACUUGUUUUUCCUCUGUUUCUCCUCUGCGCCCUCCAUCUUGGCGGGGCCGGGCCGCCCGGCAGCCCUGGCGGGGGCGUGCCGGAGGCGCCGCGCCAACCUCAGCCGCUUUCUCGCCCGGGAGCACCCCAAGGCGCCCGGCUCCUGCCGCGACCUGCCCCGCGCGGCGUGCGAGGAGGCCGCUGGCGUCGGGGGCUGCCGGUGCCACCGGCACGUCACGAACAGGACGACGCUGCAGUGGAGCAACCGCGCCCGGCUGUGCGAGCUGUCCCGGAGCCACCCCGCGCUGAUCGACGCGAAGCUGAGCUACAUCCCGCGGCCGGCCUACGCGUCGAUCGCGGACGCCUGCGAGCGGCGGGGCCUCACGUCGGGCUACUCCCACCUGGCGGACCACUCCAGGUUCCGCUACCUCAUCUCCACCGAUGGCUCUACCAUAGAUGACACCCGGGUCUACUGGAUGCUGUCGACCGGCUCGCUCGUGUUCAAGCAGAUCACACCGUUGCUGCCCUACGGCGUGCCCGGCCUGGAGCCGUGGGUGCACUUCGUGCCGGUGCGGGAAGACCUCGGCGACCUCGUGGCCAAAGUACGGUGGGCGCGGCAGAACGACCCGGCCUGCCGCGGCAUGGCGGAGGG